AUGUCAGUUGCAAAAUGCCAAAAUCUAGUAAAAGACUCUCAGCCCGUGGUCACGACAGUGCUAGAGCCAUCUGAGGAUCUAAAGAACACGCACACAUAUAACGAGAAAAAGGUAUCCAAGAGCCCGAAGAGGUACACCUACAAUCCCUGCAGCACCGUAUGCGUGCCCAAAAACUGAACUGCACGUCCGUCCCACCGUUCGACUACAGCAGUAGCAUCACCCCCUCCCUGUCCCACUCUAUACCAAAACGGAAGAUUGCCGACUACAGCAUAAUGCUGUCUGAAGUGCUGUCUG